AUGAAGUCCAGACCAGGUAUGCACAUUCUUCUCCUUUACAGGAUAUCAGUGGCGCUACUGACCCUUGGGAAUGAAAGGCUGGCCAUUUUCUACCUUAUCUCGGUCCUCGCUAGCGGCUUUUCAAGUAUCCUGUCCUUUGGGCUCAUUCAAAUGGAGGGUGUUGCAGGCUUCCAUGGAUGGAGGUGGAUCUUUAUCGUUGAAGGAGCCAUGACUCAGGCCAUCGCGAUAGCAGCUUAUUUCAUUAUCAUAGAUUUUCCCGACAAGGCCUCAAAGACAGGAUUCCUUUCAUCAAACGAGGCGAAAUACAUCUCACACCGACUGGAGAAAGACAGAGCUGACUCGGUCCCUGAUCCGCUCACUCUUGUUAAGCUGAGGAUCCAUUUGGCAGACUGGAAGCUGUGGACAUUUUCGACGAUGUUCCUGGCAACCACAGUUCCAGCCCUUCUCACAGCGCCUCCGACGAUAUUUGCCUGCGUUGUAGCGAUGGCACUGUCCUGGGUGGCCGACAAGUACCGCAUGCGAGCACCCAUCAUCGCCGUCCAAGCCAUCAUUUGUAUCAUGGGUCUGAUGAUAACAGCAUAUCACCCAAACAACAACGUUCGUUACUUCGGCUUCUUCCUUGGAGCAGCUGGCUGCCAAGGAAAUAUCCCAGCCAUCCUCGCUUACCAGUCAAACAAUAUCCGGUUCCAGUCCAAACGAGCUGUGGGCAGUGCCUUGCAGAUUGGAUUCGGCGCCCUCGGGGGUAUCAUUGCUUCGACAGUGUUCAGACAGCAAGACGCGCCUAGAUACGUACCUGGUCUCUGGGUGACGACCGCCUUCCAGCUGUUCAUCUUGGUGGCUGUGGCAUGCACGACACUCAUCUUCUGGAAGAGAAACAACGAGGUCGAAGAGGGGAGAGCAAGGAGGCCCAUCGAGGGACUGGAAGGAUUUAAAUACACCCUCUAG